CCGAGGCACGCGAUACCACCCAUUCCCUUCCCCAGUGGCACCUCCCAAAAAUACUCGCCUGUCGCACUCCACAAAUUCCCAAUUGGCACUCCACUGGCCCUCUCGCCGAACAGGAGUUUGGCUCUCUCAUCAAAGGAAUAACAGCCGCGGGGGAGGAGGCAGGAAUUGAGGACGUUGCACUCGGUAUCGGCGUUAAAUAAGAGGUGAUUAAGGUGAGUCCAGCAUAAUGGACAAGCCACACCUCCUUAACUUUGGCUCUGAUGGAGGAGGAGGCGGAGGUGGAGUAGGAGGUCCAGUGGGAGGAGUUGUAGCAGGAGGAGACUACACCCAGAUUGGUAGUUCGGACUCAGAUGACUCACGCUCCAGCAUCUCACGUUCGGACGAAAACGAGACCCUUCCUUGCAUCAUUUACACAUCGGACGACUCAGCAGACGUGGGCCAGUCUGACAGCACCUGUUGCAUUGACUCAGAAGGGAUGGAUUACAUUGCUCACAAUGUGCAUCAAAUCCAAGAUGAUGAAGGGUCCAGGCGUUUAUUGCUAGAUUCUGAAUGUCCGAGCCCUCAGCCGUCACCCCAAGCGGACCCAUUGUUCUCUGGGUCUCAUCCACUAGCUGCUAUAACCUUCAGUACAGGUUCUGAUCCUGAACUUGGCGUCGGAGCUGACCUGAGGUUACAGGAGAAAACUGGUGCAAAAAUCCUUCCGCCUGGAUCGCAGCUUGUAGUUGGAAACAAUGACUGUAAUUUUGAGAGGAGCACCAGUGUCUCCUCAGAUUCCUCAGGGUCCUCUCCAGAAGCACAGGUGCCUCUUCUGCCCGAAUAUCAUCAGUUGCCGAAUUUCACUGAUUUUCCUGAGAUUCAGUAUGAGCCCCUGACAGAUGGUGCCAACAUUGCAAACAAGAAAUUGCAUGAUCCUCUUGACAUAUUUGUGGAUGUAUUGGAAAUCGUAAACAAGAUUCAGCCACAUCUUGGCCGCUGCAUGGUAGGGGACGAUGUGCACAUCAGCGCCAAGUACAAGGAUGCCUUCUACGUCAAGUGGAACUGGAACCGAAUCCGUCACUCAUGUGUGCUCUUAAAUAUGUCGGUCCUAAUAUGUCUCCUGUGCAUAGGCAUUGGGCUUCUUAUUCAGAUGCCGCAAGGUUCAGAAUGCAACCCAUCGCACAUGUGGUGGCAGGGGUCAGUCAUGUACGAAAUAUAUGUUCCGAGUUUCCAAGACACAGAUAAUGAUGGGAUUGGUGAUCUUACAGGUGUCUUGAAUCGAAUUGACUAUCUAAAGAACAUAGGUAUAAAGGCAAUCAGGCUGAACUCAGUCCUGGAAACAAGGGACUACUUACACAGCCACACCCCCAUCACCAACUACACUGCCGUUGAUCCAAUGUUUGGAAGUAACAAGGAUCUCCACCUCCUGGCCGCUGUACUCCAUGAAAAGAACAUGUACCUGCUGAUGGACAUUCCUCUCACUUUUAAAACCAAUCCUAAUUUAGGAGCUGAUGCAAAUCACACAGUUAUGCCAGCGAGUGAGAAGAAUGUCAGGCAAAUGCCGCUCUCACACAUCUCGGAAGUUUUGCAUUACUGGUUAUCCCUUGGAGUCGAUGGUUUCUUUUUCCCAGACAUUACUAUGUUUAUGACCAAUCCUGAGCUUCUGGAUGCCAUGCACGAGUGGCGGAAUACCCUCGACCACUUUAGUCACGGUGUAGAGCACAGGGUCAUGAUGGUGCCACUUGAACUACUCUCCAGCCUCAAGGUGUCAAACUCGAUACAACUUGAUCGUGUCUUGGAUCUUGUAGACCUGAUUGACGCUCCAGUGGAUCUCACAGGGUCAGCCCAGACCAUACCAGAAGUCCUCAACUCUACCACUGCCUGGGAUAACCAUGCCUCCCUGCCUUGGAUCAACUGGAACAUGGGUGGCAUCUGGAGGGAACGCAUCAGUGACCUCACGCAUAAUCAUCCUCUUGGCAGGACCUUCCUCUUGCUCUUCUUCCCAGGGACAAUAACUCUUUACUAUGGAGAUGAAAUUGGGCUCUCGGAAGCAUCAAAGGAUAAUGGAUGGUCUUCUAUUAUGCAAUGGAAUGAAAAUGUUAAUGCAGGAUUCAGCUCUGCAAAACCGUGGCAAAGUCUUAGCAGAGGUUGGGAGGAGGCUAAUGUAAAUGCUCAGAAUAAUACAAUUGUUGCGCUCAAAGCGAUGGUCACUGCACGACAGGAAAAGGUCCCUAUGUACAUCAAUGGAAUCUUUGAUUAUAAGGGUGACUAUCAUCCUACUAAGACAUCAAAUUAUAGGGUGCGCUAUGCUGAUGCAGACCUUAUUGUCAUUGACCGUUUCUUCCCCCGACGGAAUCAGUUUGCAGUUGUGGCAAACCUCGGGCAGAAUGUCCUUACCAAAGACCUCUCCCACCUAUAUUUCGGAGGCUCAGUUUUAGCCUCUUCGCAUGGCCACGCAGGAUAUGUCAAGUUCCGCAGCAUCAGCCUGCAACCUGGCGAGGCACUUGUGUGUAUAUUAGACUUAUAGUUACCGUUGCUGAUUAAUUAUAUAGUUCAGGUUGAAUUUCUAUUUUGAAGUUUAUAAUCUGAAGAUGUAUAUUUCAAGAAAAUAAAAGUUUGCCAUGU